GUGCGUCAUUUAUGUCAUUUUCUUCCCCUGGAUAACAUCACUGACAGGUGAGGUCUGCGGGUCCCAGGUGAGAUCUGCAGCCCCGCGCAGCGCUCGGAUCGCGGAAGCGCCGCCCAGCGCGGUCCGGCCCCCAGGCGGAGCUGCCUAAACGGGCUGAGCCGAUAUCGAAAGUGGAAACGCCACCGAGCCGAACCGAAGCAGCGCCGGACACUCAUGGCUGACUCAGGGAAGGACGAUGUCCGAGGAUCCGUUGAAAAAGACAGCAAACCAGAAGCUGAAAGCAAGAACAUCUGUGAAACUGAUGCCUUUCCUGGCCAACACAGCGUCAGCAUGGACCCUGCUGAGGAGUACCAGAUGAAUCACCGCAAGAGGGGGCGAGCCCUCAUCUUCAACCAGGAGUGGUUUUUCUGGCAGUUGCGUCUGCCUGACCGUGCUGGUACCAACGCUGACAAGGUCAACCUGGUCAAAAGGUUUACAGAACUGGGAUUUGAUGCAAAGGCUUACGAUAACCUCAAAGUGGCAGAUGUUAUGAAUAUUCUUCAGGAAGCUGCACGAGCCAACCAUGUUGACUCGGACGGCUUCGUCUGUGUGUUCCUGAGCCAUGGCGAGAAUGACCACAUCUUUGCGUACGACGGCCAGAUCUCCAUUCGGGACAUCACCGCCCUCUUCAAGGGGGACCAGUGCAAGAGUCUGGUGGGGAAGCCUAAAAUCUUCAUCAUCCAGGCAUGUCGUGGUGACAAGCAUGACGACCCAGUAACCGCUAUGGACGAGGUGGACCAGCCCAACCAGGUGGUGGUGGACGCUGGCGUCUUCUACACCCUCCCAGCUGGAGCCGACUUCCUGAUGUGCUACUCGGUGGCUGAAGGGUACUACUCACACCGGGAGACCAUCAAUGGCUCCUGGUACAUCCAGGACCUCUGUGACCUGCUUCGGGAACACGGCAAGUCGGUGGAGUUCACCGACCUCCUGACGCUGGUGAACAGGAAGGUGUCGAUGCGCAGCGUGGGACGGUGUGCCGACCACAAUGCCAUCGGCAAGAAGCAGGUGCCCUGCUUCUGCUCCAUGCUGACGAAGAAGCUCUACUUCAGGCACAAGAAAGUCUAAGCUCAGCCGGGGGGGCGCUUUGAGCUGUGCGGGGGCCCUUGGUCAGUCAGUGAGGCCUUUGAUCAAUGAGCCAUGCUUCCAGUGCUUGAUGAUAUCAUGAUUUUGUAGUGUAUGAUUUUGUAUGAGAGCAACCGGUUUGUGACUUUAUUAAUAAGUUUGAAUAAUUUUAGUGAUGCAUUUUGCUGUUUAUUUGUGAGCAUACGUUUUCCAAAUACGCAUAUCCAGUUCAGAAUCAGAUCCUGUUGGUUUGGGCGUGAGACGUUAAGCCAGGUGCAUAGCAGUGGUGAUAACCAACGGUGAGGGACAUAUUCACCAUUCCAGUUAGUCCAAAAACGUCCCUUUCUCUUUGUUAGUGUAGAAAUUCAAAUAUGCGUACUGGAAUCCUAGCAGGAAAAACCUGCCUGUCAGGUGAAUGUCUGAGUGCAUGAAGCAUCUAUUUAGAAAGAGGAGGACAGCAUUAACAAAGAUCGAUUAUGUUUUAUGUCUACGCCCUUGAUUAAGAGGAAAAUAUUCACUCUGAGAUGGGAUAAGUGUUUUUUGUGCAUCUGAAAGAUGGUUAUUCUGACUAUAUUCACUGGGAGAACGUCACAGGCUGCUGCAGUGACAUGUAACCAAUGUCAUUUCUGAGUCCGCUGCCUGGAGCUCUUCUCUUAGAGGAUCCUGUGUAGUGGGUGAAAGUUAGCCGGGAAAAGCUAGCGUGUGAACGUUAGCCGGGGAAAGCUAGCGCGUGAACGUUAGCCGGGGAAAGCUAGCGCGUGAACGUUAGCCUUGGAAAAGCUAGCGCGUGAACGUUAGCCUGGGAAAAGCUAGCGCGUGAACGUUAGCCUGGGAAAAGCUAGCGUGUGAACGUUAGCCGGGAAAAGCUAGCGUGUGAACGUUAGCCGGGGAAAGCUAGCGUGUGAACGUUAGCUGGUGAAAACUAGCUCCUCUCUGGCAGUUUGCUCACUUUAGCAUCAAACUGAUGCUGCAUCAGGACAUCUGGCUUAGACACCCAUUUUCACCCUGGUGUUAUUGAGCUUAGCCUCAAGCAGCCAUCGUGCUCUCACUGUAAACACGCAAGUCUGUAUGCAUCGUAUAUCUUAAAAACUUUCCACUUAGCUUAUCUUUAGAUGUUCGGUCGACAUUCUCUUUGGGAUUCUCUGGACCUACAGCUGGAUUCCUGUAUCUUGGUGCUUUUCGAGCUUCAUGAAGAGGCCUCCUGACUAGAGGGUGCAGUCCGCAUUGAAUGUGGCUAUUGGACUGUUUAUUUUCAAAACUUUGUACUUGAUUUGUAAUAACUACCGUUUAUUCUGGAAAUUUUAUAUGGGUGUAUAAAGGGAUUGAUUAGAACUAAGGGAUUGGUUUUUUACACUAAUGCUUUUGUAUGAUCCAGUUUCAAAAUAAAAAGUGUGAAUUUUCAAUAA